AGCAUCUCUGCUUACUCAAUUUUCGUCCACCAGCUGCCUCUGGUACUCCUCAAGCUCCUCCCUGGACAUGCCUUUGGACUCUGCUGUUUCCCUGCCAUCUGCUCCUGCUUUGCUGUUAUCUUCAACUCCUCCUCCGCAAUUUGUAGUGUUUGUAGGGAAAUAAAAUGAAAGAGGUGCUACCAAGCCGUGAGGAUCUGUCUGGGUUGGACUCAGUAGAAGUUAUAGCACCUGAAGAAAACCAAACACACCACAGAUGCACUGAGAACUCAGUAUCUUCAGUCCAGAAAGGAUCCAAUAUUAUGGCUUUUCUCAAGACAAAUGCCUUUGUUGUUCUCACGAUGACUGCUGUUGCAUUAGGAAUUGGUCUGGGCUUUGCUCUGCGAAAUGUUAAUAUGUCAGCUAGAAGUAUAAAAUAUUUAUCUUUUCCUGGAGAGCUGCUGAUGAGGAUCCUACAGAUGUUGAUGCUUCCCCUCCUUGUUUCCAGUGUGAUCACAGGCAUGUCAGCUGUAGACAGAAAGGUUUAUGGGAAAAUUGGGCUGAGGGCCUUCAGCUAUUACAUGGUCACCACUAUUAUUGCUACAUUCACUGGCAUUGCCCUAGCUGUUCUCAUCCAGCCAGGGAAAUUAUUCAGGGAUACCUUGGAGUCCUCUGGUGGUACAACAGAGGUGGUGCAAAGUGUGGAUGCUUUCCUGGCUCUGAUCAGGUGCGUAUGGAAGUCUUUCCAGGAAACUAAGCAAUUUGACCAACAUUACUGGUUAGUGCCAAUGGCAGGCUCCUCAGAUGGCAUCAAUAUUUUGGGUCUGCUGGUCCUGUCUCUCGCCUUUGGCCUCAUCCUAAGCAGUAUGGAGACUGAGGGAAAACCUCUGAGGGAUUUCUUUAACUGCCUGAAUAAAGCCAUGAUGCAUCUGGUUAACAUAGUCAUCUGGUAUUUCCCAGUGGGAAUCCUCUUCCUGCUGGCAGGACAGGUGGUAAAGAUGACAGACACAGGACAGAUCGGCCGGGAAGUUGCAAUGUAUACUCUUACUGUCAUCACUGGCCUGAUAAUCCACAGCUUCUUCACCUUGCCCCUCAUCUAUUUCAUUGUGACACGUAAAAAUCCUUUGAAGUUUAUGGCUGGGCUCCUCCAGGCUCUCGGCACUGCUUUUGGGACUUCAUCCAGUAAUCACUCCCUCCCUGUUACCCUCCAUUGUAUGGAGCAGAAUCACAACAUGGACAAACAAGUGAUGCGCUUAAUGCUCCCUGUAGGAGCCACAAUGAAUAUGGAUGGUGCAGCCCUUUAUGAAGCAAUAGCUGCUUUAUUCAUAGCCCAGAUUAAUGAUAUGGAUUUUAAUCUAGGACAAAUCAUUGUCCUCAGUUUGAUUGUCACAGCUGCAAGCACUGGUGCAGCAGGCAUCCCACAGGCUGGCAUGGUGUCCAUGAUGAUUGUGUUAGAAUCAACAGGACUGCCCACUGAGGACAUAUCACUGCUCAUGACUCUUGACUGGAUUCUGGAUCGCAUCAGGACUGCCACCAAUGUGCUAGGUGACUGUAUCGGUGUCGGUGUAGUGCAGCAUCUGUCCAGACAUGAGCUAGAGAACUCCAGUCCUGCAGACAAAAGCUUGGGGGAAGAAAACUCCCAGCCUUAAGAUGCAUGGAGCAUUCAUUUUCAACCCCAAAGAUUCAUCUGAUGUGUGGUUGUUAAAGGAUUACAAAAUACCUUCCUGGAGGGAAACCUGUUUUAGCUCUUUGUAAAACAAGAAAAGAUGUUAGUAGAACAAAGACUAGGUAGAGAGCAGAUGAUUUUCUUUCUCUGUUAUCUGCACCUGCUCCUGCUGGUGGUAUCAUGAGUAGCAUCAAGUUUUGACGACAUAACACUCAGUUCUGGAAAGACGAUUAACAGCCCAUUCCCUGUAUUAUUGCAGCAUUACUAAACUUAGCUAAACUGGGCUCUCUUUAUAGCUUUAGAAGUUUUUAGGGAUGAGAAAUUAAUAUAGACUAAAACGAUUUAGGGGACAAGUAAGCACAUUUUGUACCUGUUUGGUUUGGAUCAUGUAUUCAGCUAGCUUAUAUCCCGUAAUUCUUAGAUUGUAUGAUAAAGCCUUUGUUUGCUGUUAUUUUCUACUGUUUUGUAAAAAACUGUUAUUGUAACUCAAGUAUUGACAUCAACAGCAGUUUUAUAUUCACAAAUGUUCUUAUAGCACUGUUAGAUAGACUGCGUGACUUUAAAGAAACACUGCAAAAACAGGCUUACUAACUCUGCUGAGCAUAUAAAAUAUAACACAGGUGUGACUGAGAGGUCAGGCCAUGUUUUAGACCUAAUAAGUGCUGAUUCUUAUGAAACACUCUUCCACCAUCUAGUGGCAGGAAGGUCAACAUGCAAGACAAAAUAAAGAAAUAAAUCACUGACCCAGUUACACAUUGGUUUUGCUUGUAACUGUUCAACACAUUAUGGUAUUGCAUCUUGCAUUGGAAAAUAUAAAACAUUGUAGGCCUGGAACUGAAACACUGCAGAAAGCUACAGUGUACAAUUUAGUAUUAAAAUGAAGCAAAACAUAAUCUACAUGUAAUUUCACUUUAUCGACUAUUAAAAAGGAGUUCAAGAUCAAAAAAGUCAGGAAUUUGAAGCAAGGAAGGCCUUCCUUGAAAAUAAGAUAGACAAACCAUGACUUCUUUAUCCUAUUUAUUGCAGCGCAUACAUAAAAACAAUGCUCUGAAGUACCUAAAGGCAUCCACUUUAAAUGUUGCAUCUGUCAGCUGUUGCAGAUCUGUGUCAAACAAAUGCUUUUACCCACAAGUUGGGCGUAUUUCAGUAUUUCAGUGCUGUGCAAUGUGAUGUUAUUGAUAAAAAAAAAAAAAAAAAAAAGCUGUAAACAUAACAAAUACAUUUUUCUGCCAAGCAGGGGAUG